AUGCCAGAUCAACCUUCCCUGCAGCGCACUGACUCCAAGCGUGGCGGGGCCUCUUAUGCUCGCAAGAAAGACAAGAGUCUAGCGGUCUCUAUUCCUCGUCCCCACGGUCCUGAUACUGAGCUAGGCGACAUUCAGCUGUCUGCCAGCAACGCCUUUGCGCGUAUGAAGUCGCGUGAUAUGGAGGGCAGCAAGCUUCCACGAUUCAGUGGCGGUCACCCUGUCAGUCCAACGGGCCCCAUCAGUCCCAUUAGUCUUUCCAGUCCUGAGACUUCCAACAAUCUUCCUGAAGUUUCGCCGCAUUCACUCGGUAGCAAGAGAUCCAACCUCGAUUACGAUGAAGAACUUGCUCUGCCCAUGCCAAAGCCUCGUAACCAGAGGUCCCUCACCUCGGAGAGCAUUCGUUCGCAGGACCAGCAGGAUAUAAAGAAUCCCGCGCCCGAUUCUCGCGGCGUCACCGAUCUUGUCGAUCCCUCUAAGAAUAUCGUUCCUCGACCAUAUUUGCCAGGCACUUCUGAAGAGAAGAAAAUAUCUAAAUUGGGGAAACUCAAGUCUAAGCUCAGCUUCAAGGAUUUACGAAAGGAGACCGAUAAGCAGAAUGACAUCUCCUCUGCCAAGUCUACUAUGCAGGCUCGCCGCAUUGCAACGACGUCUGGGCUCCCCGCAUUCUCCUCUAGCACCCAGAGCUCCAAAUCUAAGUCCAGGCCAAAGGUGCUGCAUAGUACCAGGGCAUCGUCCACUGCUAGCUCGAUCACAGAUCCUUCGCCCAAACCAAGCAUUUCGACCACCAGAGCUCCCUCGCCGCCUGUAGCAUGUGUUAAUGCUCAGGGAACUAUGGCUUCUACCAAGCUGCCGACUAUUCGAACGAGCCAACCUCCAGACAGCCGUCCCAAGUCCGGCGCGAACUUGGUUGCCAACGAAUCCCCAAAGACUCCUACUUCUAGUCCCUCCACUGCGAGUAUGAAGGAUGAAGAUGAUCGUGCGGUCCCUGGGGCAUGGCCCCCCACCCCUGCUCCUAAAGAGCCGGUCGUCAAAAAGUCUCGUCCCUCAACUUAUGCAACCCCAAUUAAUCUGGCCCCCAGUAUCGAUGACCUUGGCGAAGGUGACGGGAAGGUCAAGUACCUUCCCAGAUCCUGGCUUGAAGAAACUCCCGAAGCUUUUAUGCUUGAUAGCAGAUGCUAUGCUCCGAGUCGUACCUCGAACAACGACAUAGCAACAUCGUUUCCCAACUACGUGCCGUCGGUCAAUGAACGACUCGAACAGUCGAACAUACCAGCGCGCAAGUCCACGUCGUCUGAAGGCCACAAUCAUGGUAAAUCGCAAGUGGACGAUAUUGUGGAUAUUGUUCGCUCCAUACAGCGCCAGUCUGACUCUGGUAUCGCUUCUCUGGGCCACAGGGUGGAAGAGUUGUCUGACUGGGUUGGGGGCCAACUCAAGAGCCAGAUUGAAAAUAUCUCAGAUGUUGGCCGCACAAACGCUGAGCUCUUUGACAAGCAAUGCGAAAUUUCACGCGAGAUCAUGAAGUUCCAGCUCGACAUUCGGCUGCAAAUAGGGGUUAUGGAGAGGCGCAUGAGCACUUUCGAGCACGACAUCCUGGAUGAUAUGAAAUCUAAACUCAAAGCCUUAGCUAGAUCCUACGAGGAUCUUAGCAAGAGAACCGAUGAACUCGUCGAGAAGGAACUACUUUCAUUCGAUCACACCCACGCCUUCAUCGAGCAACAGAUUCAGAACAACUGCGAAAUCGAAAAGGAAAUUGCAUUCUUGAAAUCUCGCCUGGCGCUCAAGACGUCUCUCUUCCCGGCCCCGAAGAAGGAAUCUCUUGAUGCCCUUCGCGCACGAAAGAGUGAAUCAAGCAUGGCCAGUACUGAUCCCCUGAUCAGGAAGCCAACGGUCAUUCGCGCGCUUCCGUCGGGAGGGACUCAUCCAUUGCUCCUGAGUGCCAACAACACCGCAACGACCACCGUCGAUAACAAACCGGCCGGAUUGCUUCCUCGAACCACCUCUCUCUCAAAGAGAGGUCUGCUCAAGAACUUCAGGGAUAUUACAUCUUCCGACCUGAAAGACAAGGGCACAGAGAAGCGCACCGGCCCUGAAGAGAACAAGAAAUGGAACCUCUUUGGCUUUCGACGCAGCCAUGACGGCCCAGAGCGCCCCAAGCAGGGAAGCACCAAGCUCCCCCUGGUCCUCGUCUCGAUCCUUGAAAAAGACGCCCAGCAACGAGGAUAUUACCAGCUCCCGAGCCUCGACGCCGCCUGUUCCACCCAUCCCACGCGAUAUCCCCGAGCUGAUGAAACGAAAGCCAACUCCUCCAAUUUCGGCGCAUCCUGCUUUCCGUGA